CGAGCCGAGAGAGAGAUGUCGAACUCGAGGUCCAGAUCCCGCCAGGGCACCGCGAGUGGCGCAGAGGCGGCCGGUAGGGAUCGGCUGGUGGCGCGGUCCUUGCACAGCGCUGAGCACUGUCUGAGCGCCCAGGACUUUGGAACUGCUUAUGCCCAUUACCUCCUAGUGCUCAGCCUGGCACCGGAGCUCAAAGAAGAUGUGAAGGAAACUUUUCAGUAUACACUUUUCAAGUGGGCUGAAGAGCUUGAUGCACUAAGUCGAAUACAAGACUUACUUGGCUGCUAUGAGCAGGCCUUGGAACUAUUUCCUGAUGAUGAAGUGAUCUGCAAUAGUAUGGGAGAGCAUCUCUUCAGAAUGGGCUUUCGAGAUGAGGCAGCUGGGUAUUUUCAUAAAGCAGUGAAGCUAAACCCUGACUUCAGUGAUGCGAAGGAGAACUUUUACCGUGUUGCAAACUGGCUGGUGGAACGCUGGCACUUCAUCAUGCUUAAUGACACCAAAAGGAAUAGGAUUUAUAAUGCAGCAAUCCAGAAGGCAGUGUGCUCAGGGUCCAAGAGUGUUUUGGAUAUUGGCACAGGAACUGGAAUACUGAGUAUGUUUGCUAAAAAAGCUGGUGCACACUCAGUAUACGCCUGUGAAUUAUCCAAGACCAUGUAUGAACUUGCCUGUGAUGUAGUGGCUGCAAACAAGAUGGAAACUGGGAUUAAGCUCCUACAUAUGAAGUCACUUGAUAUAGAAAUUCCGAAACACAUUCCUGAAAGAGUGUCCCUAGUUGUAACAGAAACUGUCGAUGCAGGUGUGUUUGGAGAAGGAAUUGUGGAGAGUUUGAUUCAUGCCUGGGAGCAUUUACUUCUGCAACCUAAGACCAAAGGAGAAAAUGGGAAUUGUGGACAGUAUGGGAAAGUUAUACCAGCAAGUGUUGUUAUAUUUGGGAUGGCAGUAGAGUGUGCAGAGAUACGAAGACAUCAUAGGGUGGGUACUAAGGAUGUUGCUGGUAUCCGUUUGCCAGCAAAUGUGAAAUUUCAGAGCCCUGCCUAUUCUUCUGUAGAUACUGGAGAAGCAGUAGAACCUUAUACAACUGAAAAGAUGAGUCAGAUCCCUGGAGGGUAUUUGCCUCUGACAGAGUGCUUUGAAAUUAUGAAAGUGGAUUUCAACAGUCUUCAGGAAUUAAAGAGUCUUGCAGCUAAAGAGCCUUGUCCUCUUAGUGUUCCUGCUGUUAAAGAAGGCAUGUUGGAUGCUGUCAUGGUCUGGUUUGUUCUGCAGCUGGAUGAUGAACACAGUCUGUCCACAAGUCCUGGGGAGGAAACCUGUUGGGAACAGGCUGUUUACCCAGUGCAGGCCCUUUCAGACUACUGGAUAAAGCCUGGGGACCGUGUGACAAUGGAAGCAUCUUGUCAAGAUUGUUACCUAAGAAUCCAGAGUAUCAAUAUUUUGCAUUUGGAACAUGAAAUGGAAGUUACAAAAAAUUUUACCAAGAGUAAAGACUUGCUCUCUCUAGGAAAUGAAGCUGAGCUCUGUAGUGCCCUGGCUAACCUUCAGACUAGUAGAGCAGAUGCUCUGGAGCUGACCUGUGUGUUAGAACCUACAGAGAUUGCUUUACUCAAUAACAUCCCAUAUCAUGAAGGAUUUAAAAUGGCUAUGAGGAAAGUAUUAUCUUCACUGGCCCCAGAGAAGUGCCAGUCCGUGGAUAUUCAAUGCCAGGAUAUCGAGAUGAACUCUGGAAGUAGACAGAGUGGUAUCGUACCAAGCACCUUUGACCCUUUCUAUGUGUUAGAUGUGUCUGAAGGCUUCUCUCUCUUGCCUAUAAUUGCUGGAACACUUGGUGAAGUUAAGCCCUACAGUUCUGUAGAGAAAGACCAGCAUUGUAUCGCUUUGGACCUCAUAUCCGAAGCCAAUCACUUCCCUAAGGAAACACUUGAGUUUUGGCUGAGACAUAUUGAGGAUGAAGCUGCUGUGUUGCAAAGACCCCAAUCAGACAAAUUGUGGAGCAUAAUUAUAUUAGAUGUCAUUGAGCCAUCUGGGCUCAUUCAGCAGGAAAUAAUGGAAAAAGCUGCAAUAUCCAGGUGUUUAUUACAAUCUGGAGGCAAGAUCUUCCCACAGUAUGUGUUGAUGUUUGGGAUGCUCGUGGAGUCACAGACACUGGUAGAAGAGAGCGCUGUUCAAGGAACAGAACAUACUCUUGGGUUAAACAUAGCACCUUUUAUUAACCAGUUUCAGGUGCCUAUCCGUGUGUUUUUGGAUUUAUCUUCAUUGCCAUGUGUCCCUUUAAGCCAACCAGUGGAACUCUUAAGAUUAGAUCUGAUGACUCCAUAUUUGAACACUUCCAAUAGAGAAGUAAAGGUCCGCAUUUGUAGAUCUGGACGAGUGACUGCUGUCCCAUUUUGGUUUCAUUUGUGCCUUGAUGAUGAGGUCAAGUUGGACACCUCAGGUGAAGCCUCCCAUUGGAAACAAGCUGCUGUGGUUCUGGAUAAUCCCAUCUGGGUACAAGCAGGAGAGGAGCUCAUGCUCAGUGUUCAGCAUCACAAAAGCAAUGUCAGCAUCACAGUGAAGCAUGUGACAUCUUCAUAUAGCUUGGCUGUAGAAAGUGUAUCCUGCGAAGUAACUGUGUCUUCUGAAUCUUCUUGUUGGUCUGCAUCAGAAGAAUCCUCUUCUGGGACAUCAAUCAUGAUAUCUUCACAUAACUUGGAUGCAGCAGCCAUAUUCUGUGGAGUAAUGGUAUGUCCAAAGCCCUGAUACUGGCCCAAGGGGGAUGAUGACUUUGAACCAGCAGAAACUGCAUCUUGUGACGAUGAGGAAAGCAGGCUUGUGUGUUCAGUGUGCUCUGGAUCUUCAGGAAAACAUUUUUUCUUCGGAUAACCUCGCAUUGUUCUCCCUUGAAGACAAUAUAAAUUAGCCAAAAGUUAUUUUUAUUAUUCUAACCAUAAUUCUAUAACUGUCCCCUUUUCCCUCUUUAUCGUCCCUAAAUUAGAAGAGCCUGUCUUGUG